CUUCUUGAACGGAAAACCAAACUUCACUUCUGGGAGGGAUUCAUAUACCUCUUGGUACCCAAUGAGAUGCUACAUGAUGCUCGCACUCGGCGGAUGCGUCCGCCCCGGAUGACACGUGCGAGGCGAAGGCAGAGAGAGCCCAGCCCAUUCUCUCCUCUCGACUUCCAAGUGACCAAACACCUAAAGUGUUAGUCAAGCCAUCCGUCCGUUUGUGUAUAUAAAGGACCAUCAGUAUCCCCCUUCAGUCCAUCUCCCAACACCCGGAACACCCUCUUCACCAUCCAGAACCCCACAGCCCAAAGCAUAGUAGCGCUCUCACCUUGACCAUAAUCACACCAGCCCCAUCACAAGAAGUCACGGCUACAACCCAAAAAAAUAAAAAUAAAAAAUGAAGAGCAUCGCCGCCAUCCUGCUCACCCUGGCAACCGUCGCCACCGCGGCCCCCAGCAUCAACGCGAACGCGCCCGCCGACGCAGCAGCCAUGCUGUCGUCCCGCCAGGAGUGCGUCUACGACUGCGGCUGCAGCAGCCCCAACUCUGACACGGCUGCCUGCUGCGCCGCCGUAGGCGGUACACUCGGGAACGAAGGGACGCUAUGCAGUGAUAUGGCCUACGCCACCGCACAGGCCUACGCGCAAUGCUGCGGCAGCUACAUCUGCUUCAAGAGCGCUCGGGACUGCCCUGAUGUUGUUAAAGGCUAAGUCAGUCAUUGACAAGUUGGGCAUCUGACGGACGAAAUGGAGAUACGGCGGAAAGGGGGAACGAUGGGGGUUCAUGAAAGGUGGGACUGAAGGGAUGCCGACGGAUUUGAUCCUUUCAGUUGUCGUUCUAGUCAGAUGCAAAGGUUGAUCGCAGGUCAAGUACAAACAAUACAGCGAGAGGUUGAGCCAAGUCAGAAUACACUCG